AUGUCUGUCCCUCAGUCCAACGAGGAACGCUUGAAAGCGAGGAAGCCGUUGCCUCCUCCUCAACCCGCAUAUCUACCCACCGCCGGUUCCCCCCUGACGGUCGACCAGGAGCUGUAUCAGUCUAUUCAGCAAAGUCCCAGGGAACUUGUCGAGUCAUUUGUCUUGCCUAUCCGUUCAGGUCGUGCUUGGAAGGCUCCAGCCAAGAGUAUUAUCAGAAUCAGCACGCCUGAGGGGCCUCAAGUUGGGGACUUGAAUAUCUGGAAUGCGAGUAACCCUCGCGAGAGAUUCUGGGCGUCUCGGACAAAACAGCUCCACUCGUCACACGUAACAACAGGUGAUCGCCUCUGGUCCUGCCUACCGUAUAUGCGUCCAUUGUGCACCAUCAUCUCCGAUUCCCUCUCUUGGUACGGAGUGGAUGAGACCGGAGGAAGAGUUCAUGACCUUCUUGGCACCAGAUGCGACCCCUAUAUCAACACCCUACUCUCAGGACCAGAGGCGUCGUACGACUAUCAUUGCCACUCCAACCUCACAAGAGCUGUCUUGCCUUUCGGUCUCAACGAAUCAGAUGUUCACGACGUGAUCAACCUGUUCCAGGUAACGGGUCUGGAUUCGCAGGGCAGAUACUUCAUGAAUCCGUGCCCUGCGCGACCGGGCGACUAUAUCGAAUUUUUCGCCGAGCAGGAUCUCCUGAUGGCUCUGUCAACGUGCCCGGGUGGAGAUCUUUCCUUGUGGGGCUUUGGAAGUGACAGUGAGAAGGAAAUGAUCAAAUGCUGCAGACCACUAAAAGUCGAGGUCUUUAAACUGGCCGAAGAAAGCAAGAUUUUGGCCGGAAAGUGGCAACCUGCGGGACGUCCAGAUUACCAAGGCGUCCAUGGCAUGAUAGUGCCAGAAGGCGAAGUGAGAACAUAG